AUGCCGAAAGUCUAUGUAAUGAAAGAUCGACCUUAUUUAUAUCAUCCUUUCAAAUCGGUUCCAUAUGUUAACAACUAUAUGUAUGAAAAUCCAAGUAAAGCUGCUUUAUUCAACAAUACCUAUCCAGAAUAUAAUUAUCCUAUGCUUUCACCAUCAGGGCUAGGUAUGAUGCCUUUACUAGAUAGUCCACUUUAUAGAUCAUCUGCAUAUCCAUUGCAACAUCAUGCCGCUACCGCUGCUGCUGCAGCUGCCGCCGCUAUGAUGGCAAAUCAGCAGCAAGCUCUUAAACUUCAAUUGGACAAUGCCUUUUUACACAAUCUUGGCCAAUUUUCGUCUAUUUUACCAAUGAAUACAUGCGAGAAAACAAUCUCGCCUGUCUCUACUUCAUUCCCAACAAGUCAAAAGUUUGAAAAAUUGUCCUCUAAAAUUGAAUCACCUAAUGCUGUCUAUCCAAGUUGUCCAAAAGAAGAAUUUGAGCACCAGUUCCGAAAAUGCCGUAGCAGUAGUCCUACGGAUAGUGAUAUUACCGUCCAAUCGAACGCUGAUAGUUGUAUUAGUAAAAAAAGUUCUAGUAUCCCCAACGAAUACAUAUGUCAACUAUGUAAGAAUACAUUUCCAAAUCCGUUAGGUUUGGCUCAGCAUAAAUGUCCUAAAAUUGUGCAUGUUCAACACAAAUGUCCCGAAUGUGGGAAAGUAUUUAAUUGCCCAGCUAACUUAGCAUCUCAUCGUCGUUGGCAUAAACCUAAAGAUAAAACCGACAGCGAUUUAACGUCUACACAUAACCACCAAAAUUCUACUGAGAUAAAUGUUACAAAUGUGUAA